GCCCUGGACAGCGGUUAGCUCGAGGGUGGGGUAAGCUGGCUAGAGGAAGGGAGAGUCGUGGGGAGCUUCCGUUUAUCUGCGAGGUCAGAGAAGGCAGACUGUGCGUUUUGGUGGUGCUGUUGGAAAACACGAUGAAAAUGGCGUGGCAACCGCAGGAAGAAGGACUCAGGCAAAUCUUGACGCUGCUGAAGGAGUCGCAGAGCCCGGAUACGGCGACUCAGCAGGCUGUACAAAAAAAAUUGGAAGAGUUGAACAAAUUCCCGGAUUUUAACAACUAUCUGAUUUUCGUGCUGACCAAAUUGACGUCCGAAGAUGAGCCUACUAGGUCUCUGAGUGGGUUGAUACUCAAAAACAACGUGAAGACCCAUUUUCACAAGUUUCUGCCGGACGUCAUAAAUUUCAUAAAGCAAGAAUGUCUGUCGGCGGUCGGGGACCCGUCACCAUUGAUUCGCGCGACCGUUGGUAUCCUGAUCACCACCGUCGCGUCGAAAGGUGAAUUGACAACUUGGCCAGAAUUGUUACCGGCGCUAUGCCAGAUGUUGGAUUCGCAAGAUUAUAAUGUCUGCGAGGGCGCAUUUGGUGCUCUGCAGAAGAUAUGCGAGGAUUCAGCGGAGAUAUUAGAUUCAGAUGCUCUGAAUCGCCCAUUGAACGUUCUGAUCCCGAAAUUCCUGCAUUUCUUUAGACAUACGAGUCCCAAAAUCAGGUCCCAUGCAAUAGCAUGUGUCAAUCAGUUUAUUAUCCAGCGCACGCAAGCGCUUAUGAUACACAUAGACAGCUUCUUGGAGAAUCUCUUCCACUUGGCUUCAGACGAUGACUCUGAAGUCAGAAAGAACGUGUGCAGGGCGUUAGUGAUGCUACUCGAGGUACGGAUGGACAGACUUAUACCACAUAUGCACAAUAUAAUAGAGUAUAUGCUGAUGAGAACUCAGGAUGUUGACGAAGGAGUGGCACUGGAAGCUUGCGAGUUCUGGCUGUCGCUAGCGGAACAACCGAUCUGUAAAGAAGCACUCGCGCCACAUCUGACGCGAUUAGUACCGAUCUUGGUUAGAGGUAUGAAAUAUUCAGAGAUUGAUAUAAUCCUUCUGAAAGGAGACGUCGAGGAGGACGAAAUGAUACCGGACAGGGAAGAGGAUAUCCGACCGCGCUUUCACAAAUCCAAGACACAUCACUCGCAUCACGCAAACGGCAUGAACAAGCAUACCGACGAGAACGGUGGUAUAAAUGGUGGAUGCGACGAUGAAGACAAUGAUGCUGAGGACGGAUGCGACGACGAUUCGACUCUAAGCGACUGGAACUUGAGAAAGUGUUCGGCCGCCGCACUGGAUAUGCUAGCCAAUGUUUUUAGAGAAGAUCUCUUGAUAGUAUUGUUGCCGAUCUUGAAGGAAACUCUGUUCCAUCAGUCCUGGGAGAUCAAGGAGUCUGGCAUUUUAGCAUUGGGAGCUAUCGCUGAAGGUUGCAUGAGCGGCAUGAUACCGCAUCUAUCGGAGCUGAUUCCUUAUCUGAUCAGCUGCCUGAGCGACAAAAAAGCUCUUGUGCGCGCCAUAACUUGUUGGACGCUGAGUCGUUAUGCGCAUUGGGUCUGCGCGCAACCACACGAGACGCAUCUGAAACCGCUGAUGACGGAACUGCUCAAGAGAGUUCUCGAUAGCAAUAAGCGCGUCCAAGAAGCGGCGUGUUCAGCCUUCGCGACCUUGGAGGAAGAGGCGUGCACCGAACUGGUUCCAUAUCUCGGAUUUAUCCUCGAGACACUCGUCUUCGCUUUUGGCAAAUAUCAACAUAAGAAUCUUUUGAUAUUGUACGACGCAAUCGGCACGCUUGCCGAUUCCGUUGGGCAUCAUUUGAACCGACCGGAUUAUAUCAAUCUCUUGAUGCCGCCUCUUAUUAACAAGUGGAACGUGCUGAAAGAUGAAGAUAAAGAUCUGUUCCCGCUGUUGGAGUGUCUCUCCUCCGUGGCUACCGCUCUUCGUUCAGGUUUCUUACCUUAUUGCGAACCUGUUUACAGACGAUGUGUGUCCCUUGUAGAGCAAACACUGAAUCAGCACAUAGCGAGUACGCAAAGCCCAGAUCAAUUUGAGGCGCCCGAUAAAGAUUUCAUGAUAGUGGCGUUGGAUCUUCUCAGCGGAUUGGCGGAAGGGCUGGAUGGUCACAUGGAGCGCCUAGUUGUGAACAGUAACGUUAUGCAACUGCUGUACCAGUGUAUGCAAGACACUUCGCCCGAAGUGAGACAAAGCAGUUUCGCUUUAUUGGGAGACCUAACGAAAGCUUGCUUCCAACACGUGCUCCCCUGUAUACCGGAGUUUAUGCCUAUACUUGGUCAAAACUUACAUCCGCAGUUCAUAUCGGUCUGUAAUAACGCGACAUGGGCGAUCGGCGAAAUUUCGAUAAAACUUGGGCAUGAGACAAGCGCGUAUAUUCCAUUAAUUUUGACACAGCUUAUCGAAAUAAUUAAUCGACCGGACGCACCGAAAACACUGUUAGAAAACACGGCCAUAACGAUCGGUCGCCUAGGUUAUGUGUGUCCCCACGACGUCGCCCCCAUGUUACAGCAGUUUGUCCGACAGUGGUGCACUUCGUUGCGAAGCAUAAGAGAUAACGAAGAGAAGGACUCUGCCUUCAGAGGUAUGUGUCAAAUGAUCACUGUCAAUCCAGCCGGCGUCGUCCCGGACUUCAUCUUCUUUUGCGACGCUGUGGCGUCAUGGUCGGCACCGAAGGAGGACCUCAAAGAGAUGUUUCAAAAGAUACUGUUUACGUUCAAGAAUCAAGUUGGUGAGGAUAACUGGAGGCGAUUCUCCGAUCAAUUUCCACCACAGCUCAGCGAGCGGCUGCACAAUAUGUAUGGCGUCUGAGCAGCUCCGCCUAAAAGCGAAGGCCGCUUAAUGAGGCAGGCCGAAUGGGGUUGGGCGGGAAACAAUGGGCGGAUGGGACGGGACGGGUGGGUGAAACCACGGCCUCUUCUCACCAACAUCGUUGUCGUUACCGUGUCAUCUUGGUAUUUCAUCGUCGUACUUUCGAAGAGAACAAUGAUACGCGC